UGAAUGUGAACAGAGCCUUCGUUUCUUCUUCUUCUUUUUGUUCGUCUGACCGCAGUCAACAUCACGUGACCCAGGAGCAUGGCCUUCCAGCGGCUCUCGCAGGCACGCGGCAAAGGCAGACCUUCUUCGCCUCGGUUUGGACUGUUUCAGUAUCGGCGGGAAAGAGCGGCGUCUGCUGUCUUCCACGCGCGAGCCUUCCACCACUCUGCCGCAUCAGCCAAUGACGCACACACGAAGCCUUCACCGCCAUCGCCGAAGCCACGACGCCUGCCUGAGAACCCCUCUCUCCCGUCGCCCAAUCUGCUCCUUCUCCUUGGGGAAGCCCGUCCUGCCGUACGCUAUACCGUGUAUGCUGGCCUCGUGCUGGUGGCAGUCGUCGAGGCCACAUUCUGGGCCAAUGUGCUGCGAGCCAACUUCUUCCCUCAAGCAUCAGAAGCAGACCGCCAGCGCGACGACGAACUACUAGACCGCCCCAAGAGCGCCAUCACAGGCUACCGAAAAGUGUGGCUGAGCAACUACCAGAGAUACUAUGCAGCCGAUAUCUGGGGGCUGGGCUACGGAGGGCUGGACAGUCUAGAAGACGAUAGCACUUGA